GAAACUGUGACCACCAGAGAGGGGCGUUGUGGCGCUGGCUAGCUAUAGCUCGAUCCAUCGGAAGAAGUUGAACCACACAUCAACUAACCUCUCUGUCGUCUCGCGGCGAUGUGUGAAUCUCCAUCAUCCUCGGUACGUACGUGCCUCUUUCUCCAUGCAUUAAUUGGCAUGGCAUUCACUUCGUUUACCCCUCUUCUCCCUAGCUCACCACAUGCUGUUACCAUGCAUGAUCGUCGAUCAACUGCACUGCACGUACUGUAUGUCGCCACCAGAGAGGCCGGUGGCGCCAUAGAUAUGAUCAGAAGACACCGUCGACUCAGAAACGCGGUGAUGUGUGAAUCGUCAAUGUUCCUGAUGUCGCCGUCUCCGUCACCGUCACCGCCGCAGCCGUCUAGGCCGCCACCGGAGUACAAGCACUUCUGUCGAGUAUGCAACAAGGGAUUCACGUGCGGCAGUGCGCUCGGUGGACAUAUGAGAGCUCAUGGCGCUAGCGACGUUGAUGGGUUCGGCGUCGACGACGACGACUCGCUCGACGAAGAGCCGACGGCGCCCGCGCGGUGCACUGGGGCAGAUCAGUGGGACGUGGCGGGAACGUCGUCGGCGACUCACGCGUACGCGCUCCGGGCGAAUCCGAAUAGGUUGAUCAGGAGCUGUCAGGUUUGCAAGAACUGCGGGAAGGAGUUCACGUCGUGGGAUCUUUUCCUUCAACACGGGAAAUGCAACUCAUCAGAGGGCGGCGAGGGAGAAGAGGGUGAGAUGGAUGGGUCAGACUCGCUACGUUCGUCGCUGCCUGCCUCAGAAGCCGGCGGCGGCGGCGAGGAGGACCCGGCAGUGGCAGCAGCCGCAUGGUCAAAAGGGAAAAGAUCGCGUCGUGUCGUCAGAACAGAUGACCCUUCGUCCACCAUGGUGUCGGCGGAGCGGUGCACGUCAGGGGACGAGGACGAAGAGCUUGCAAAUUUUCUUGUCAUGCUCUCGUCGUCCAAAUCCAACAACAACGACGACCAAACGAUCGUUAUUACAGCCGACCAUCAUAAGGAGCCAGUAUGUGCCUCUACUGGUGAAGGUGGUGGUGGUGGAGAGCCUUUACCAUUUCAAUCGCAAACAAUCUCUCUUUUCACGCAAACCCAAACACAAGAGCCAGUUGUGCCACUGCUGCCUUCGACGGUAGCGGCUACGGUAUCUCAAUACAUCGCACCCAUAUCACGUGGAGUUUUUGAGUGCAAGGCGUGCAAGAAGGUGUUCACCUCACACCAAGCUCUUGGAGGACAUCGGGCUAGCCACAAGAAAGUAAAAGGUUGUUUUGCUGCUAGGUUCGACAACAAUGCCACCGAAACAGCGAUCAAUAAUCCUACUAUAGCUGCUGAUACCAAUAGUAAGGCCGUUGUUGUCAAUAAUGCAGAUGCAAGCGUAGACGCCGCCACAAGAGUUUUUGCUAUCACUAGCGUCGACACCGAUGUAGGGACAAGUAAUGAGGCAACAUCAUCGUCGUUGUCAAUGGCACAUGCUGUUCCCAUACGACACAAUCCAGCAUCAGCCACCACCACCACGUUCACCGUCGCAGCGCAUUGCAAGAAAAACGUGAAGAUGCAUGAGUGUUCAGUAUGCCACCGCUUGUUCACCUCUGGGCAGGCACUCGGAGGUCACAAACGAUGCCACUGGCUCACCUCAAACACGUCAGAUCCAUGUAACCCACUAGCCAUCCCACCCCUAACUGAAGAUCUCGUCGUCGGCGAAGUUAAACACCACGACGAUACCCUCCAACCAACGGUGGAUGCCACCGAGCCACUCCUCGACCUCACAAUAGCAGCAAAUCCAGCUGUAGCACUAGCUGCUUCUACAAUGCGCCCCGACAUAGCAUCUACUGUACACUUGAAGCAACUAGUUGUCGCAGCACCAAGUAAUAAUGUUAGCCACCGAAAGAAAACUGCAGCAACGGGUAGCCAUACCACAGAUGCGGUGGUUGAGGAAGAUGAGGCGGAUAGCAUCAUAAUCAAGAAAGCUAAGAUUAGCGAUCUUAAAGACGUGGUCAAUAUGGAUGGUGAGUCUACACAACCAUGGCUACAAGUUGGUAUUGGUUCCUCGUCAGCCCGAGGAGAUGAUGGAUGACAGGGGUUAAAAAAUCAGUUAUUCUCUACUACUCUAUAAGACUCUAACGUAGACCAUCCGUGCACCGUGGUUCUACCACUCCGUGUUCUGCCCACCAUCGGUCGUAUGACAGGUGGGUCCCCAUGUCUCGGUCCAUCGCCAUUCCGUUCAACCGUCGUCCAGCCCGCGAUGGUUCUGCUGCCGCUGCCCCUCUCCCACGCGUACACUGUGGUUUUACUGCCCAUCUCCCACUCUUGUCACCGCGAUCCUCGCCCCCCUGUGCGCUCUCCCGAUGCAAGGAAACAUGAUGGAAUCCACGCCUGCCGUGGGGAGAGGGAAGCAAUCUCCACGAUCAUCGCUCCCGCCUUGAAUCGCGCUUGGAUCCCCUUCCAUCCUUGACGCCAUUGGCCCUUCCAUCCUUGGUGCCCUCCGUCCAACGGCAGCGAUCCCAUUCCAUUGGCCAGCCAUCUCCGCCUCCCUUCCACAAGAACACCUACGCGCCUCCCUUCCAUCCACCAUCUUCACGCUUGGAUCCCCUUCGAGGCAUUAGAGCUUGCCAUCUACCUUAGGUCUACAACAAGCACAGAUUACAGCAAGCCCACCAUCUAUUUAAGAAAUCCUCCUUGUGUAACACCCGUGGAAAUUCCACAGGCAAGGCCGCCACCCGCCCACUCCAACCUCAUGCACAGGCAACCGUGAAGCAUCCACAAGCAACAGUGAAACGUAAUCUGUGCUUGCUACUCAUCUGUCCAAAAGUCCUACAGUAAGUUCUCGUCUAAUUUGUGUUAGUCUUGUUUAGUUCCGUUGUCUCUGUUCUCUCAAUGGUUCAGUACAAUCUUGUUCAUUUCAUUGUGAAUCUGUUCGAAUCUCGUUUGUCUGGGUUCAGUUCAAUGGUGUACAUGUCAAUUUAAUUGUUCUGAUUUCAGUGUACUGAGUUCGAGGCAAUAUAUACCAAACACUGGUAUUUUGAAUACAUGUUUGGUUCUUGUUAUCA